GGCGUCUGUCGGUCGAUGGGGACCAACUCCUUCACCUCGUCUCCUCCUCCCCGUAGCCAUUAUAUAUUUAGUGGUCGGUGAGAACGCAGCGAAAUGAGCGGCUCCCUUCGGCGUGUUUUGUAUAUGACAGCCUCCUUCCAGCACCCAAAAGCCGACGCUUGCUGCUGAUGCUGGCACCGAAUCAGGGAGAAAAGUAGAGAAACUGCUGUCUCUCCCUAUGAUGUGGCUGCCUGCAGAUGGCGCAGGUGAUGGUGGAUCAGAGGAGCCACCGCAUGUCCCGGACUUGGCGGGCUUCCACCCGCUGAACCCUACGACGACGCAGCCUGCAGAUGGCGCAGGUGAUGGUGGAUCAGAGGAGCCACCGCAUGCCCUGGACGUGGCACGCUUCCGCCGGCUGAACUCGCUCAUCCACCGUGAGAACGUGGACGCGGACGAACUUCUGAAUCUUGUGGGGCGGGAUAACCGCGUGAACCUCAUGAAUGACCCGCUGCUCAGCGUCGUCAUCGCCUGCAAGAAGCCCAAGCUCGCCGUCCGCCUCAUGGCCAAAAUAUCAUCAAAUGACAUUCUCAAGGCCAAAAACUUCAACGGCGACACGGCGCUUCACGUAGCUGCCGCCAUGGACGACCAAGAAGUGGCCUCGGAGCUGAUCCGUAGGAAUCCAGAUCUCGUUCAUGAGCGGAACGGGAAGCUGGAGAUACCGCUACAUAAGGCGGCCCUGUACGGGCUGAAGGACAUGUUCUGGCUGCUGGUGGAAAAGAACAGCUCACCGGAAGCCCGGAGGGAGGACGGCGCCACCAUGCUGCACUGUGCCAUCAUGGGCAAUGCGCCGGUACUCGCCUUGGAGAUCGCAAAGACUUAUCCAAUUCAGAUCGAAUCCCGGAAUGAGCACGCCCUCACUCCGCUGCAGCUGUUGGUGACCAUUCCAGAGGCAUUCCGAAGCCAAGCACUUCUUGAGGCCCUCGACUCCUUCAUCUACAAAUGGAUUCCCUUGGACGAGGACUCGAGUAAAAUGAACAAAAGGGAUGAAGAGGUGGCACUCAACGGAUCUCGCAUUGGAGUAGCACAAGACGAUGACGUUGACCACUCGCCGAUGACUUUUCGCUCAAAAUUCCCAUCAAACUACAGCACUCUCUUCGACCUGUUGGAGUUGAUCAGCAUCCCAGCUGGCUGGAUUCUGCGAUUGGUUUAUAACAUUAUAAGGCAAUUGUCGCCGAGAGUCCAACGUCUGGAGGGGAAGAAGAACAACCAUACAGAAACUAUGCACCUCAUCGAAUACUUAGCCAUAGAAGGAUACUUCCAGUUCUUUGUGCGUGGAAAAGUUCCCAUCAAAGGUAGUACAUUUGCUUCACGAGAGCUUGGUCCACCGGAGUCUGUACAAGAAGGUGAUGCCCAAAAAAGGGACACGGAAGCCCCAGCUGCAGUGAAAGAGCUCAUUAAGAGGAUGACAAAUAAGCUCUACAAGUUAGUGUCGGAGGAACCGGAAACACCGGUCUCAAUUGCAAUCGAAGAGGCGGCUCAGAGUGUGGAGAAAGUGUUAAAGGCACUGUCACCUAGCUCGGAAGACAGAUGGAACGAACCACCCUUGAUCUUAGGUGCACAAAUGGGCCUUCAUGAUUUCGUCGGCAAGAUCCUGCGAGUGUGCCCACAGUCAGCAACCUACCUGGACACGAAGGGCAGAAAUGUUCUCCAAGUCGCAGUCAUGUAUCGUCGCGAGGAGAUUGUCAAGAUCAUAAUGGACAUGAGAACCAUUUUACCAUCCUGGUUAUUUUCCAAAAUCGACCCCAAAACCGGGAACGCCAUCCUGCAUCUUGCUUCAGUUGGAAGCCCUGAUGUAGUAAAGGAAGAGCAAGACGAACCGGAUGCAAUGCAACUGUAUUACGAUUUAGUAUGGUUUGAGAUGGUGCAAUCAAGUAUUCCUAAAGAACUAGUGCAUAGUCGAAAUAAGAAAGGAAAGACAGCGCAAGAGCUCUUUACUUCGAACCACAAACAGAUGCGUAAGAGUUGCAAGAAACAACUAGUGGGGAUUGCAAAGACAUGUACAAGCGCUGUGGCAGCUGUGGUCUUCGCCAUGAGCUCCUCCUUCUCCCACACCGACGAUCCAAAAACUGGCGAUUCACGCAUGUUCAAGGCCUUGUCAUACACAUACGUGAUCGGGUUGUCAUUCGCGGCUACAUCUCUGUUCCUGUUGCUGUCCCUCGUCAAUUCAUCGUACAAGGAGCAGAAGUUCCGCCGUGCCAUCCCAACCAAGUUUUUCUUAGCCCGCCUCACAUAUAACAUGGCGUUGGGGACUCUGUUGCUGGCCUUCACAUUCAACACUUUCCUGCAGAUAUAUGGCGUGGAGGGAGCAAAGGAAAAGCAAGAGAUCACAUUCAUGCUGGAGAUCAUCGUCUGUCCAGUUCUCACUUGCCUCCUCCUCUUCUUUCCUGACGCCAUAUUUGGUACAUUUCGUCGUUUUAUUUAAAGUGUCUGUAAGCAUGCACCAUCCCUCCACAUCUAUCCAGCAGCCAGCCUGAUAUGAUAAUUUCUUAUGUUCUUCCGAUCUGUAUUGUUGUGCGUGCUUUUACUAGAUUUGCGAGUUCUAGCAAUUCAAUAAUCAUAGAUACGUUUAUGUACCAGCAGUUCUGAGUGGACAAAACUGGAUGUCAAUGUGUUUCGAGUUUGCAUGUGAAAUUUUAUGGUCGAUAUCUGACUUUUCA